GUUAAAAGGGUUUUGAGUCUUUCAAACAUCCAUCCCCGACUGGAACUGGCUAAUUAAUGAGGGUCCCUGGUUAAAUCACUUACUCCGCGCUCCAAGUUACCUUGCUCUUCGUUGUAUGCUCACCUCUGUCGCUGCGGAUCCCACUCCAGCAAGCAUACAUAGGUCUCUGCGGCGCCAGGCCACCACCCCCCCUCUCUCCACGAUGGCUCACCGGCCGUCACCGACGUCAAAAUCCACCACCACUGCGGGUCUUCUCCCCAUUUCUCCAGCUGCCGCCGCCCAACAUGCGCCCGCGAAGCCCGCCUCCAGCAGAGCGUCUGCCCCGAGACUCAAGCUCCUGGUGCGACGACUGCCCCCAGGCCUGACCCAGGUCGAGUUCGAAACCGCCCUGGGCCCGGAGUGGACAGUGGGCAAGGGCAAACUGGACUGGUUUGCCUACAAGCCGGGAAAAUUGUCUGCCGAUCCCUCAAAGCCCUCGAAACCAUCUCGCGCCUACCUUCGUGUUACCGCCUCCGCCAUUGUCCCUGAGCUGUCCGAUAGAGUCCGCGAGACCUCCUUCCAGGACUCACGCAACACCUUCGCCGAUCCUGCUCUCCUUGGGCCUCCAACCCUCGAAUAUGCCCCGUACCCUCGCGUUCCCGGAGGCAAGGUCCGCAAGGACGCGAGGAUGGGUACGAUCGACCAGGAUCCCGAAUUCAUCGCCUUUCUCGAAAGCCUGACCAACCCCGUCCCUAAACCGAGCACAGACGACAUUGUGGAGCCCGACAAGGACGAGAAGAUUACCAUCACACCCUUGAUCCAGUACCUCAAGGACAAGAAGGCCGGCAAGGCAAAAGAGGCCAGUGCACCGGCCAGGGCUACGAAGCCAUCCAGGUCCGGAGCCAAGGAUGUCAAGGUGGAGAAGGUCCAGGCGAAGAAGGUCCUCAGCCGCGCCGAGAAAGCUGCAUCGCCAGUCUCGGAAAAACAACAACCAAAAAUCGACAAGGCGGCAAAGGACGCUGCCAAAGCUGCUAACAAACAGAUUGCCAGCCAAGCGUCUAAGCAGAAAGGAGCAAAACCCGCUCCAGCUAGCAAACAGAGCGAGGUCCCACCGCAGCAACCCGCACCGGCGCCGCCGGGUCCGCCGCCCCAACGCAAGCGAGAACGAGGCAAUUUGAGUGCAGCUACCAAGAUUCUUCGACGAGACUUGGGACUCACGCCGCCCCGCAAAAGGGGAGAGAAGUCCAGCACAAACACGGCCGCUACGUCCAGUGCAACCGACUCCAAACAGGCCGCCCCGACGCCUUCUACAGGGGGCACCAAACAGCAGGCUACGACGACUAAACCUUCCAAGGAGAAUCCACCGGCCAAGGUUACUCCUCCGAAGCUACUCAAGAAGCCUCCUACAGAGCCUGCAGCGGCGCGGAACGCGACCAAGACAACGAAUCCUCCCACGGGUCCGAAAAAUGCUCCGCCAGAGAGUGCCAAGGCCGCCGCCCCCCAAUCAACCGCCACGCAGGCCUUCCUAAAACACGCGAACCCGUCGCAAGGCGUAACAGAAGACCUGCUCGAAUCGGGAUUCUCCAAGUUCGGCAAGGUGAUCAAUGUUGAGAUAGACAAGAAAAAAGGAUUCGGCUAUGUCGAUUUUGCGGAGCCAGAGGCAUUGCGGAAAGCAAUCCAAGCAAGCCCGGUGCAGAUCGCGCAGAGCCAGGUGGUCGUCUUGGAGCGACGGUCGACGGCAGCAGUUGCGCAGGCGCGUGGGAACCACAUGCGGAACCACCCUCCGCCGGUGAUGCCCUCACACUCCCCUUCAGGCGGCGGCGCAGGCGGAGGCGGCGGUGGUGGCGGGCCUACACCAGCCCGAGCACCACCACAAGGACCUAGGGGCGGAGGCCGCGGAGGACCAAGAAAUCGCGGUGGUUACGGCAGAGGAAGAAAUGGUCCCGGCGGAGGCGAUCGGUCUAAUAAUGCGAACACAGGACCAAAGCAAACUGCAACUGCCCCUCCCGCCAAAACUACAUCAUGAAGCAUGAAUCUCAACAUUUCUAAAUUCAUUACUCUGUCAGAUGCUUCUUAUAUUCCUUUCGAGAAGUUCAAGGCAUGCAGCUGUAAUCUUGUAAUAUCUCCCCAUCACUGAAGAUGGAGUACGCCAAGGCGGCAACCCCAAUUGACCGGGCAUAUUGGAAAGUUGAACUUGCAGCCAACGUCGAGGGGAAUAUCAAUCAUACGGGUGACAAGUCGGUAACACCGUUUUAGAGCAACUGCGGGAAACAAGCGACGUUUUAUGUAUGAAAUACGAAGUAUUCUUUGGCAAUAGAUCACAGAUUUACAGAGCGAACAGCUUUUUUUCAUAAUUUCUUUCAUUAUUCAUCACAACUAUCUCAUCGCAUCACUUUCAUUAUUUUUUGCUAAAAAACAGACAAAGUGUCUUAUCCCCCCAGAAACUCACAACCGAACGCACUUUUUCAAUAUCCUUCAGACCUCCUCGACGCCCACCUAGGGAGACCGACCGAAGUCAAAAGGCACAUCCACUAGGUCAAGAUCAUCACCACUCCCUAGACCCAAGUAGCCCGAGAUGCAUCCGCCCGCACUUCGGAAGCCACAGAGGGUAUCCAGAAAACGCGAGGGCGAUCUCGAGCAGGGUCGAGGCGGGAGUAUAACGGCUUCACUUUAGGGCAUCGAGGACAUGGUGGUCAUCAGCAG